AAUGCAAUAUAAGUUGAGUGAAACGAAGCAUUCAUAUUCUCCUUCAGUAAUUAUCACGGUUUUCUAGAUUUUUCAUAAUAUAACAUUGUUAUUUGUAAGAAGCGUCGAGACACAUUUCCAUCCUUCUGAAAAAUGGGGAAGAUCAAUUGCGUAUCCGGAAAUCAGAUAAAUAGGGGCGGUAAAGUACAUGGCAGUACAUGUGGUGGUAUGCGGCUCCUAAGAAGCUAUUUCAUGCAAUCUGAGAAAAACGUAAGACCAACGCCUAUAUUGUAUUACCUUACCUCCUCACAGCCCUACUGCUACUAUAGAGACUUGCUAAAAAGUCUUGAUUUAUUUUAUUGGUCUACGAACAGGGGGAGGUGCUACGCCAGCUUCAUCCUCUGCUUGAAAUGUCAGCUUGAGUUCAGGAUUUGAGACGGACGUCAUUUCUUCUUUCUCCUAACUCUAUCCUCAUGUUAUUACAUGAUUAAAUCGAGAAUAAUUGAAUCAAACCAUAAUUGUCAGGAAGGAAACCACGCUGUCUGUAAAUUUUGUCGCCUGCAUGCACUUUGCCACCACCUUCAAUACGAAAGGGCGCGGACAGAUCAAUCAAGCGAGCGAAAGAUUACGCCACUAUUCCUGCGUUGCACUAAGUACAUGGACGUACAACUUUGAGUAAAGUACCUUGUAGAGUGCUGGACGAUAAGGUUAGUUGCCUUUAGUUUGAGGAAAGAGGAAUAUAUAUAUAGUCUAGGUUGUCUUCAAAACCUUCUCAAAGGAAGCGAGGAAGAGAAGAAAUGUACGACACAUUGAAGCGCCUACAACUCAUUACCGAGCGAGAAGGCUGACAAGAAAGCUACUUAUCUGCAUCGCAAAGACUUGGGUUUCCAUGUUUGACGUAAUACGAUUAUCGGCCUAAUGAUCUCUUCAGUGACCAUGCUCUUUCCAUGGCAAAAUGUGAUUCAUCUCUAGCCGUUCACGUGUAGACAGGAUCGACCUCCAUGUUUCUUGAACAGGAUGGCGACAACUAUAAACGAAGAUGAAAACGGAGUGUCAGUCUACACUGAAAACAUGAGUGUCCCAAUCAAGGUGCCAGUUCUACCCCGGUGCAGGUGGCCUGCGCCACAUCCAGACUGGGAUGUAGCCUUUGCGGCUUGGGGAAGCACCUGGAUGGCACAUAUUAUCAUCUUCGUCGUAGCCUAUGCCAUUCUUGCCAUAUAUACCUGCUCAGUGUUGUGUUUCCUUGUGUGGAAGCGUUGUAGCUCCGUGCGUGGGACCCACGAUGGAAUUCUUACAAAGCGGCUGACCAACCUCAGGAUUGCUUUGCAUUCUCUGGUGUUCGUUGCGUGCGCGGCCAGGACAAUGUCUCUUGGGAUCGACCCUUACGGAACGAGAAAGAUUCUGAAAUGUCCUAGUGGUGUGGUUCUUUGGUCACUGGGAUGGCCAUCCUUGGUCUCAUCUUUCAGUAUCCUGUUACUGCUACUCUUGGAGACAACUCGUUUGUCAUUAGCCCCACCUCGAAUCCAACGUCCCUCCGUCCUAGGAAGCAUCAUUGGCUUCAGCUUGGGGUAUGUCCUCUUUUCCGACUUCUUGGUAGCUUACGACAACUCCACCAAGUAUGCGGUCACGGUUUGCCAGAUGCUCUUCAUCCUCUGGGGAGUGUUGGUGUUCUUCGGGUUCGUCUACGUUUGGUGGAAGAUACAGAGCAACCUGACAGCUAGUUCCCGGGGCCAGACGCAAACAUCCUCCCAGCGAGACAACAACGACAAUUCGAAGAUGCGUAAACUCAACACCAUCAUCUUCAUAAGUGCAGCUAUUGGUAUCUGUCUCACAGUCUCCAACCUCUACUGGGUAUCCGCAACGCUUGAUAAGUCGUAUCGGCCUGAAGCCCUGAGACCUUGGCCGUGGCUGCUAUUCAGUACUUGUCAGAGGAUCUUAGAAGUCUGUAUCUCCAUCAUGAUACUGUUGACCGUGUCGAAGAGUGGUCAGAGCAGUAAGGUCGAUGACAAUGCCAAUUCCAACAACACUGUCCCUACUGCAACAGCUUAAAGUUUUUUGGUUUUUUUAAAUCGACGUAUCGAAAUAGACUUUACUUGAUAGUCACUGUGAGUGAUGUUGCUUGCGUGUCUGUGUGUUACUUAAACUAUUAAAUAGUUUGGGUUUCUUCUC